CGAGUAUUUAUAUUUUUUGAAUGAUAAAGUAAUUGUUCGCAAUAGUGUCAAUAGGGACAUGAUCAAUAGUUCCUUAUCUUGAUAAUACAGAUUAUAAUCCAUGGUUUGAGGGGGAUACCUUUAUAGUAUCAAUAGAUGGGAGUAUGAAAAGAGUGAGUGGAUUUGAUCCAAGUUGGAAACCAUAAUUAUAAUAUGAGCAAAAAUGGAGAGAUAUAUUAAAAAUAUAGAGAUUAUCAUGAAGAGAUAUAUAAAAAUAAGGAGAGAUAACGUAAAGAGGGAAUGUAAGAUUAUUUUGAAGAGUACACAGCAAAUGUGUGUACAAAUGGAAAAGAUCAUACAAAGAUGAAUUUAUAGACAUACAUUAAUGAAUUUAUAGACAUACAUUAAUGAAUUGAUAAAUAGUUCUUGUUAACCAGCAAUAUUAGUACCGGAUUAAUAGGUACUGUAUAAUAGGUAUAAAUAAAGAAAUAAUAUAAAUUAAAUAGGUAAAGAUAGAUUGUGAAUUAUUAUAAACAAAGAGACCAGAUAUAUUUGAGAAUUGCUGUUGGUAAACUUGUAGUGCAUCUAAAUUUUAAUUAAAGAAACCAAGUG